CGCAGAAGAAGAGCGGCAGUCCUCCUUUAAACACAUCUUUCAUGGCUUAAAAGAACGACUUUCUGUUGGAUUCUCACAAAGGGAUUUUUACAGAGAUGAAGCGAGUCAGGACAGAACAGAUCCAGCACGCAGUGAAUCAGUACCUGAAGAAGAGGCAGUACAUAGAUACAGAUGGGUCUCUGAAGGGCGCCAAACUAUCCCAGUCUGCGGAGGAGAUGGCUGCCAGUCUCACAGUACAGAAUGAGUCCAGCUGUGCAAAUGUGGUGUCAGCGGCCCCCUGCCAGUCAGACCCUCAGCAGUAUGAGACCCAGUUCUAUAGACUGCGCUCCUUCCUGCAGGAUGCAGAGGCGCCAUUGGUAAAGGAGGUAAGAGGCGUGUUGUUUCCACUCUUCCUCUACUUGCACUUGGACAUGGCGCGCUGUGGCCUGAAGGGGGCAGUAGACACAUUCUACAGUCGCUUCCACUCGCUCUUCCAGCAGGACCCUGAGCAGAAAGCCAUUGUGGAUCUGCUGCGAGGUGCCGUCACAUUGCAGGAUGUGACCUCGAACCCUAAACUCUGCUCCCUUCUGGAUCAUAAGUAUGUGGUUCACCUGACAGAUCAAGCGUACAGCUACCUGCUGCGUUACCUGCAGAGUGAUGACAACAGCGCUAUCUGUUGGGUGCUCAGCACACAUAUACAGGUGGAGGUGACCGCAGCACGUCAAACCGACUACCAGCUGUAUGGGGCGGGGCUUGGAACAGGAAAUGCAAACUCCACUUCCUCUUCCUCCACUACCUGGACUGCAGUUGAUGGGUCUGAUGGGGCGGAACCUGUUGAAGUCACGGCGGGGUUACCUCAGAACGAGGCUGCAUUGGAAACGUUGCAGGACUGCAUCAAGCGUGUUCGCGAGGGACCGCCAUCUCUCACCACCAUCUGCUUCUACGCGUUCCAGCACACGGAUCAGUUGCUGAACACCGCCGAGGUGUCGGCGGACAGCCGAUUGUUGGCAGCAGGCUUUGAUAACUCUGCCGUGAAGCUGUGGAGUUUACGGGCACGGAAGUUAAAGGCGGGGCCUCACAGGGUCGAUGUGUCGAAAAUAAGACUUGCCUGUGACGUCCUGGAGGAGGAAGCAGAUGAUGAGGAUGCCUCUGGCAAUGAGAUCAAGACCCUGCGCGCUCACAGUGGUCCUGUGUACCGCACAGCAUUCCUGGCGGAUGGCUCCGGUCUGCUGUCAUGUUCGGAGGACUCCACCGUCCGCUUCUGGGACCUGAACUGCUUCACCAACACCGUCCUGUACCGUGGUCACACCUACCCCGUCUGGGACGUGGACGUCAGUCCCUGCAGCCUGUACUUCUCGACGGCGUCUCACGACCGCACCGCCCGCCUCUGGAGCUUUGCCCGCACAUACCCGCUCCGUCUCUAUGCCGGCCACCUCUCCGACGUGGACUGCGUCAAAUUCCACCCCAACUCCAACUACAUAGCGACGGGCUCUACUGAUAAAACCGUGCGACUGUGGAGCACGCAGCAGGGGGCGUCUGUGAGGCUGUUUACUGGGCACCGUGGCCCCGUGCUCUCGCUCGCCUUCUCGCCCAACGGAAAGUACCUGGCAUCUGCCGGAGAGGACCAGAGACUGAAGCUGUGGGACCUGGCGUCUGGUGCUCUGUUUAAAGACCUCCGUGGUCACACCGACAGCAUCACCAGCCUCUCUUUCAGCCAGGACAGCAGUCUGGUGGCUUCUGCCUCCAUGGAUAACUCUGUGCGCGUGUGGGACAUACGAAACGCUCACGGCACCGCCCAGGCCGAUGGCUCCAGCAGCGAGCUGAUUGGACAGUACACGGGCAACACUAGUAAUAUACUAAACGUUCAGUUCAUGGGCUGCAACCUGCUGCUAGUGACGGGAACUGCGCUAGAAAAACAAGAACAGUGAGAGAGAAUGUGUGUGAGUGAAUUGCACAAUAACAUGUUCAGGUCAUAUUCCACCCCAUAUCAAAAGUACAAAAAAUUUAUUUUGCUUAAAUGAAGCCUAUUCUAUGGUGUCCAUCCUGAUAAUAGUCAACAAGGAUUGAAUUUAAGAGGUUUACAACUUUGUCUCAUCAAGUUUAACUGCUCUUAGUGUAGCUAAAUCAAACCGUUCUGUUGAAAAAUAAUGUUAUUUUCUGCCAUUUAAAAAGCCUGAUUUCCCCCCCCCCAUGCUCCACAGACAGAACUUUGAUUAAUCCUAAAUGAAGUGAUUCUAUCAGACGUCACAGUGACCUGUGGAAGAGAGUAAAACAUCACUGUUUGAUCAUGCACUUAUUUGUUUUUUGUAAAGCAGCUGUUUCUUAAUUGUUCGUUCUGUUGUCAAGUGUUGCCGUUUACUAUCCCUGAUGGCCAGCGUAGUCACGGGCUACUUUAUGUCUCUGUUAGCAAAAGUGUAAUAAA